AGUAUGGAAAACUGCAGCAGCUGGAAGAGCAGACCAGGAAGCUGCAAAAGGACUUGAAGAAGAGCACCGAUGCUGACCUGGGCCCCUGGACUGAGGGAAGACGGGAGCCCUAAUGACAAGGCUUGGAAGCCUGUCCCUGCACAAGUUCCCUGAACUCUGACUUCUCACAGCCAUGUCCAAAUCUGCUGUGAAGAUAUCCUUGGACUUGCUCUCUAACCCCCUCUGCGAACAAGACCAGGACUUUCUGAACAUGGUGACAGCCCUGGACACAGCCAUGAAACGGAUGGACGCCUUCAACCAGGAAAAGGUGAACCAGAUUCAAAAGACCGUGGUUGAGCCCUUGAAAAAGUUCGGCAGUGUCUUCCCGAGCCUCAACAUGGCGGUGAAACGGCGGGAACAGGCCCUGCAGGACUACAGGAGGCUGCAGGCCAAGGUGGAGAAGUACGAGGAAAAGGAGAAGACGGGGCCAGUGUUGGCCAAACUCCACCAGGCCCGAGAAGAGCUCCGGCCCGUUCGGGACGACUUUGAGGCCAAGAACAAGCAGCUCCUGGAUGAGAUGCCGCGGUUCUACAACAGCCGGCUUGACUACUUCCAGCCCAGCUUUGAGUCCCUGAUCCGAGCGCAGGUUGUCUACUACUCCGAAAUGCAUAAGAUCUUCGGAGACCUGACCCAACAGCUGGACCAGCCUGGCCACCCUGAUGAGCAGCGGGAGCGGGAGAAUGAAGCUAAACUGAGCGAGCUCAGAGCCCUCUCUAUUGUGGCUGAUGACUGA